AUGGCGCCCGCUGACCAGGGAGGAGGGAAGGUGGCAACAGAAAAGGAGGUGGAGGCCGAGUGCCUCAUCUCGCGGUUGCUGUUGUUCACACUAGCGUCGUCGCUCGCCGUGAUGCCCAAGUCCUCAAGGGACCAUGCUAUCUGCCAGAGCACGUUCCACGACGAUGACGAGCUCUGCCUCCUCUCGGCAUGCUACCACGCGUUCCACUCUCAUUGCGUGGACCCAUGGUUGCGCGGCAACCCCUCCUGCCUGCUCUGUCGGGCCUCCAUCAUGCUGCCCCACCCGUCACUCCCUGAGCUCCUCUGCAUCGAGGUUGGCAGCAUCAACAACCGCCGAUCCAACCCCGAUGACAUGGCCCGCACGUACCCACUCCUUAGUAGCCUCCCCAACUCAGAAUCGGAGUACCUCAUUGAGGAGGAUCUCCAAGUCAUGCUCAAGCCCAGUCCGAAGGCCACCAUCGGGUCUAGCGAGCCGCCGCGGUGA